AUGUCUUCCACUACAGUCUUUGUUUCCGGUGCCAAUGGUUUCAUUGCUCAACAUGUUGUCAAACAAUUACUCACCAAAGGGUAUUCCGUAGUUGGUACUGUCAGAUCCGCCACCAAAGGUGAAUGGUUAAAACAAUUAACCAACUCCAAUAGAUUUUCUUUUGAAGUUGUCUCCGAUAUCAGUGCUGAAGGAGCCUUCGAUCAAGCAUUAAAGAGACACCCAGAAGCUACCGUCUUUAUACACAUGGCUUCUCCUGUUUCCUUUUCUGUCAACGAUAUUGAGAAUGAAUUACUCCAACCUGCAAUCAAGGGUACCAAGAAUGCUCUUAAAGCAAUCCAUGAGCAUGCUCCUCAGAUCAAGCGAGUGGUUGUCACCUCAUCGGCAGUAGCUGUCUUCCAUUGGGGUAAGACCAAUGAUUAUGAAAAGAUUCAUACUGAAUCAGAUUGGAAUCCAAUCAGUUAUCAAGAAAGUUUGGAAAACUCCUACUUUGGUUAUUUUGGUUCUAAGAAAUUUGGCGAACUAUCAGCUUGGGAAUUUGUGGAUGAGGUGAAACCUAAUUUUGACAUCUCAUUUGUGAAUCCUUCGUUUGUUUUUGGUCCGCAAGCUUUUGAAAUUAAGGAUAAAUCUCAAUUAAACUUGUCUGCCGAAGUCGUGAAUUCUGUUGUGAAAUUAGGUAGACAAGAUAAGAUCCCAGAGGUUGUUGGUACUUUUGUGGAUGUGAGGGAUGUUGCCAGAGCACAUAUCUUUGCAUUUGAAAGCGAUAAGGCGAUUAAUAAGAGAUUCUUAUUAGCGAGUGAGAAGUUCUCGAAUGAGAAGAUUGCUUAUUUGAUAAAUGAGAAAUUCCCCAAUUCAAGGGUUCCAAAGGGAGAUUUGGACAAACAUGUUAGACAAAUCAAGAAAGAAUUCAAUGUUGAUACUUCUAAAACUAGAGAAAUUCUUGGAUUUGAUUUCUUGGGAAUUGAACAAUCAGUUUUUGAUACUACUGAGCAAAUCUACGCUGCUAGCUAG